CCUCGGCCGUCCCUACGGCUGCUAUUGUUUGUGUGCAGCAACCGGCAUAACGGAGCUUGUGAGGGAGGGGGCGGUGUAUAGUUUGGGGAUAGACGAAGCUCUCUCUCCCCCCCGUACGGACUACGCUUCAUAUCCGGUUAUGGCAUCUGUAGAUGUACGCAGCAAUGGAGCCGAGGCCUGUGAGGAUUCUGAGGAGGAUGUGGAAGAGUGGCGGAAUGAUAGGAGGAAGCGCUCCAAGAUCAUUCCGGUAUGGGAAAACAAGGCAUGUGGUUCCUCCCGCAGUUUAGUUAGAAAAAUCGGAUCACACCUGCCUCUGAAGCCGUGUCCAAGAGCAUGUUUUGAGGCUAUUCCGAGCACCCCUAACUUGUAUUUUGGUGAUGCACCUCUUGUGCCCACUUUGGCUGAUAUUAAAUGGAUUGCAGCAGAUGAUGAUGAAACAUAUGCGAGAGUCAGGAGUGACAGUAGACCCCUGAAGCACAAAUGGAGGCCAAGCCCACUUCUAGUAAUGCAUAGAAAUUCAUCUGUCCCCAAUCUGAAACUGAAAGAGGAGAAAAUGUUUUCUUUGAAGAAACCAAGCACAUCUCUAAACAGAUCUACAGACUUGCAAGAUGAGCUGAGCCUCCUAAGAACUCAAAUUGCUAGAAUUGUUGUUGGAAAUGCAGGAACUUCAGGCUCAACAGAAUCUUUACCUGGCAACGUAGAUACAAGUACCCCUUUUGUUGACUAUGCACCCACUUUUCAAUCAACCACAUCAUUUGUAAUUAGUGACAUUACGGAGGAGGAUGAGCUGGAUGUGUCAGAAUAUUCCACUUCCUCAAUAAUGGAAUCUUCGUUUACUCACCAGCGGCAAAUAGAGACUAACAUGUCUGAUGACGAAGACUCCGUUUGUCUCUCAAAGUCCAACAGUUUUGCAGAUAUGAUGGGAAUUCUAAAGGAUAUUCACAAAAUCAAAACAAGCAGAGAUUGGUCUAAUAGAAACCAAUUUCUGCACAAAGAAGACGAUCCCAUCAAUCUCAUUUCAGAGGUCCUGAGGCAAAAGUUUGCACUUUGUGAUCAUGAUGACAAAAAGGACAGUUAAUCAAGUUUAAAUUUUUCUUCAUGUAGUAAAAUUCCAUAAAGGUCACUUAUUUUGUUAUAAAAAGAGGGCAAGCGUUCAAAUUAUUAUUAUUUUUGUUGUGUUUUCUUACAUUGAAAUGAGCUUGGUAUAAA